AUGACUAACAAGACCCAAGUAACCAUCAAGAUAAAUAGUGAAUACGGCUCAGCCAAUGAAGCAAAACCCAGAUUUAAAGAUACAUCAUUCUCAUGGUUUGAAAAUGAACCACACCUAAUUUCUCGUUGCAUAUGCAACAAUGGAUGGAAAGGAGAACGGUGCGAUUCUCCCAUAUCAAUAAAUGUUUGGUCACCUUGGUCACAAUGGUCUUUUGGUGCACCAUCAUAUCAUUCAUCAUUCAAACAGAUACCGACAAAUUAUUUUUCCGAAAAUAAGGGAUACAGUAUGAUCUUAAAUAAAGGGGAAAUCAGGCAAAGGAGUCGGUACAGAGAAUUUUUGAGUAAAGCAUCUGACUGUGAGCAAAAAGAAAUAAUUAUUGCUGGUUAUCGAUGGCUGCUUAAGAAGAAUGAAGAGAUGUGGCAACAUUAUGAAAACCAGGCAUCUAGAACGCAACCAUAUAAUCAACACUUGUGUUUAACCUCAGGAAUUAGUGAAACUCAAUUAUCUCAUCUUUUACGACAGUUAGAUGAAAUCCUAUAUCAACCUGAAACUAUUUUGCUUUUGACCAUGUUAACAUUUGUAGUUAUUUUCACUGUAUUGAAAAUUGUACUUAGCAGCCUAACCGGUAAGAUAUGUGGUCGAUGUACAUGA